CCCAGCAACGGAAAAGCGCGCUUUCCAUCAGAACCCACCUGCAACCCACUGCGCAGUUUAGCAUGUCUGUGGUUUGUAUAAGCCCGAAAAAUUGUGAAGCUGUGAAGAGGGGAGGCAGACUGAGCGGAAGGGUUCAAGGAAGAUGCUUUUGGGUUUUGCGCUAAAUGCAAUCCAGGGACUCAGCUUCCACAGCUUCUGCCGGUGUUGGUGCCCCGGUCCCUUUAAGGGGCGGACCUUGAGCAGCGUGGGGGCGGUGCCAGGCGCGCUCCCGGAAGACACGGGCUGAGUGGUCCAGGGCGAUCCGACCUCUACCUGGCACUGGGCGCUAGGCCUGCCGGGGGUCCCACAGCCGCGGGGUCGGUGCUCCGGCCGCCUUCGUGGUGGAGUGCCUGGGUCGCUGCACCCUCCCGCACCCCUAGCCCUCUCUGCCCACCUCCCCCCGGCUCUUGGAGGCCUGCUGUCCGCACCGGUCUCCGGCGCCGCGCCUCUCCACGCCGGAGCCCUGGGCUGGGGCGGUGCGCGCUACCGCGAUCUCGUGCGGGCCGGUGACCCCGCGUCCGCCCGCGCUCUCUGGCCCAGGUCGCUGCCCUCUUUGGGCCUGGCUUCGCGUGCUGCCUUCCCGGCUUUGGCGCCGCGGGGAUCUGGAGGUCCGGCCUACGGCACCCGCGAGGAGCCGGCGGAUGCGGGGUCGCUCUUGCCUCCGAGGAGCCGGGCUGACGUAGGCUUCGGUCGGAGCGUCGCCAGGGCCUCAGACUCCUCCAGAUCUUGCUCUCUUCCUCUCAAUGGGUUCGGCUUAAGUAGAUGGAUGGCCUGCAGCGUUAGGCCAUGGGCCUGGGGAGGAUGGUGACCCCCUGGCGCUUGUCUGUCAGGGUCUGCUUGUCACACCUGAGAUGCUUUGAGUUCAGAAAGGAAGUUGGCCUUCUCAGACCCCUGGGAUGCUCUCGCAAUACCAGACUCUGUUGGCUUGUGCUGGGCACUUUGCCCAAAUUCAUAUCAGCCUAUGGGGAUGUUGGUGAGGGGCCGCCUGGCAGCCUGAACCAGCCAAAGUCCCACUGGAGUGAUCUGGCUGGAAAUGGGCGGGUGAAGACGGUCUCCCAGUGCGGGCUCCUGGGCCGCGUCUUCCUGUGUCUGCGCAUCAGUCUCCGCGCCGGCGUGCUGUUGGCGAAAUUCUUCCCCCUCCUUCUCUUGUAUCCCUUCACCUACCUGGCUCCUGGCUUCUCUACCCUCUGGCUGCACCUGCUUCUCAAAGCCACCGAGAGCUCGGGCCCUACGUAUAUCAAGUUGGGCCAAUGGGCCGGUACCAGGCACGAUCUCUUUUCGGAGGCUUUCUGUGCCGUGUUCUCCAAGUUGCACGUCCAGGUCACUCCCCACCCUUGGGCUUUUACGGAAUACUUACUCCAGCAGGCGUUUGGGAAGGAUUGGGGGCGCCUCCUCUUCUUCGAGACCCAGGAACCGGUGGGUUCAGGCUGUGUGGCGCAGGUGUACAAGGCAUUCGCCAACAUUGCUUUGCUGGAGGACAGUACCUGGAGACUUGGGGAAGCCUCUCGUCUGCAGCUGUCCUCGAGAAGCAGGGCAGGCAGAGGACCAGAGCUGUUGGAACACCUUGGGAAGGAGUGGAAGUCUCCGGGAAGUCUUGCUGAUCAAGCGUUUCUAGAAAAGCUGCUCUUCCCUAAAGCUGGCGUGGUUGAGUCGGGGGUGGGCAUAUCCCAGAUCCCUGGCUGCCCACUUGAGUCAGAUCACCUCAUCCCAGUGGCUGUGAAAGUGUUGCACCCUGGCCUGCUCUCUCAGGUGUACAUGGACUUACUGCUGAUGAAGAUUGGCAGCCGUGCCCUGGGGCUUGUGCCAGGAGCCAAAUGGCUUAGCUUGCCUGAGAUUGUGGAGGAAUUUGAGAAGCUCAUGGUCCAACAGAUAGACCUCCGUUAUGAAGCUCGGAAUCUAGAAUACUUCCAGCACAAUUUCCAGGAUGUGACAUCAGUGAAGUUUCCCACCCCUCUGCGUCCUUUCGUCACUAAGGAUAUAUUGGUGGAAACAUAUGAAGAGAGCGUGCCAGUGUCCAGCUACCAGCAGGCAGGAAUUCCCACCGACCUGAAGAGGAAGAUAGCAUGGUUGGGGAUCAACAUGCUUAUGAAGAUGAUAUUUGUGGAUAACUUUGUGCAUGGAGACCUUCACCCGGGGAACAUCCUGGUCCAGGGUGCCAAUGGACUUUCUCCAAGCCUGGAGGUGCACAUGACACGUCCUCUGAGCCCCCUUUGCUUGGUGCUGUUGGAUGCUGGCAUUGUGGUAGAGCUGCAGGCCUCGGACCUGAGGAAUUUCCGGGCAGUUUUUCUGGCUGUGGUGUUGGGGCAGGGCCACAAAGUGGCUGAGCUCUUCCUGCAUCAUGCCCGGGCCAAUGAGUGCAAAGAUGUGGAGGCAUUCAAGUUAGAGAUGGGCACGCUGGUGGCUGAGGCCAGGAAAAACACCAUCACACUGGAAAAGCUUCACGUUUCCAGCCUCCUGUCCAGCAUCUUUAAACUGCUGAUGAUCCAUAAGGUGAAGCUUGAGAGCAACUUUGCCUCCAUUAUAUUGGCCAUCAUGGUGCUGGAGGGGCUCGGCCGCUCACUGGACCCCAAACUGGACAUCCUGGAGGCAGCAAAACCCUUUCUUCUCAAAGGACCAAUGUCCUUCUUCUGACAGUGGAAUGGGUGUGAAAGCUGCUCCUGAGGGUCUGUCUUUUGGCAGCUGGGACAUCUAAAGCUGGGAUGAGUGCAGGGCACACUGCUGCUUUCCUUGUGACCUGGCUUCAGGGUCUCUUUAAAAAGCUGUGGGUUAUUUGGGGUGUAGAGGGAGGGCAGGGCAUUCAGUGGUCAUUUGGUUGUUGAAGUUGAGGUUGGGGCCAGACACACUGUUUCAGGGAAAAUGUCAUUCCCAGGAGGACAAAAUGUGUACUUACUGUUUUGUUUU